AAAUACUGAUGAACUUAGGACUAAUCCCUCUUUUAACUGAAAUGCAAAUAGUCAUCACCGAUACUGAUGAACAUGUAUUCCAUUAUCAUAGCUCACAAUAUGCAUACCAUCGGAAAAGCAGCUGCAUGACCAAGUGCUUUCACUUUUUUUGGUAUCCGGCAGACCUUGUGAAGUCUUGAAUUGCAGGAAAAGGAUGUAGAGUAUUUCCAGAUUGGGAGUGUUUGGAGAGAGAUUGGAUGGGGCUCACGGUAGGGAAUUACAGAUAACCCUGUGAUAUUGCCUUUGUAUGGAGACUUGUGUUUCAUGUACCAAAGGAAUUGUAUAGAAUGGGGUUUUGCAGAAAGAGCUCAGUAUUUAUCUAAGUGGAGUCUUGCAGAUUUGAUAAAGGACACGCAUUGAGAAAGUGCAUAUCCUUCCUUGAAGAUGCAAGCCCUGUAGCUACAAGUUGUUUCACAGAAUAUCUGCGUUUAUGUAUAUGUUGCUGAAAAAAAGGCAUUUCAUCCAGCAGUAUUACACUGGGACCCUGACAAUGUUUCAUUGGGCUUUGAUUGUUAUCAUAGUUGGUGUGACAACACAAGCAAAAGCGUCCAGAGAUAACAGGGGAGUUUGCUCCAGGCAAGUGGAAAGGGUCCCAGUUUUGUACAAUGAGACAUUUAUUCAACCAAAGUAUCAGCCCUAUCUGACCACAUGCCAAGGAUACAGAGCCUGCAGCAAAUACAGGACAGUAUACACAGUAUCUGUUAGGCAAAUGAAGAAGGAGCUUCUGAGGGUUAAAUCAGUGUGUUGUCCUGGCUGGAAGAAGAAGGAACCAACUUCAGAGGAUUGUGAGGAAGCUUUGUGUCACAAGCCAUGCCAAAAUGGAGGAACCUGUGUCAAGCCUAACAUGUGUCGAUGCCCUGCAGGUUGGGGAGGGCGCUAUUGCCAUGUAGAUAUAGAUGAAUGCAGACGGCCUUCUAAGCCUUGCCCUCAGCUAUGCAUUAAUACACGGGGUAGUUACCGCUGUGAAUGCCAACCAGGAUUUACUCUUGGAGAAGAUGGAAAGUCCUGCACUGAAAACAAGGCCCCCUCUCAACUUCCUGCUCAACAAGCAGAAGAUGCUUCACACAGACUUUCCAAUGAAAUCCAAGAACUACGCAACCUUGUUGAAACCCUAGAACAGCGACUAGACAGCACCCUCUCAGCCGUUCAACGUCUAUUCCCUGUAAAACUGUCAGAAAUCCACUCAGACCAAGUACAUGAAUUUUGGGAGAGGAUACAAAGUUUGGACCGAAUGGACUCUUUCAGUGAUCAGCUGAUGUACAUGGAGGAGAAAAUGGGAGAGUGUUCGUGUCGUAGUAACGAGAUUGAAAUGGCGGUAAACUUGAAGCGCUAAGCCUUUUAAGCCUUAAUUCAAGUUCUGCACAUCGUUCUUUGUAUUUAUACCCCUCCUGACAGCCCCUAUUUAUGACCCCAGCACUCCCUAUUUAUGGCCCUUGGUUCUCUUUUAUAACAUCAUGCACAUAAAUAAAUAUUAUUUCUACAGAA